AUGAGUACGAAUUUAACUUAUAAUCCCCAGCAUUUAUUCAAUAAGCUUGCUUAGCCUCAUAAGAAAUACAAUUCCAUAAUACAGAUAAAGAAUGAUUUUAUAAACCUUAAUGGAUUGCCUCAAAACAUUAGCAGUGAUGUCGAUAGCUCUAGGCUGUUAGAAGAUCACCCAGAUAUAAAGGAAGCUGUAGCUGCUACUAAAUUGCCAUAAAUACAAAUAAGACAAAACUUGACCUCAAAUAAAAAUGAAUCAUCACCCUAUGUGCUUCGAAAAUCUGUUUUACAAUAAAUGAAUAGUAUGAAUCAGAUAAUCAAGUAAAAUAGUGGGAAUCCUAAUCAUCAAUACAACCAUGACAGAAAUACAUCCAUGACUUAUGAGAGUUCAACUUAGAUCUCUAGUGGAGUGUUUUAGCCGCUUUAUGAUCACAAUAACAUAUAUCAAUUCCAGAAAUACGAUAAUGAAAUACAAAAAUUAUCUAAGGUUCAGAUGAAAGCAAUAAAUUAAAUGUAGCGCAGAUAUACUAAGCUUGCAAAUAAUAAUAAUUCAUUAAGCGCAGAAGAAAUCACAAGCAGAUUCAAGGAAAUGUACAAAAUCUAUAAAAAUUCAUCAUAAGAAGAUGCUGAAGUUUAGAUUGAAAGUCCUAAGAAGCAAUCACCCGUGAAUAAGAUUUGCAAAAUUCUUGAAAAUAAUGAUAAUUUCUCUAUGACAAGUCGGGUAAAAAAUCUUAGAUUUUAAAUAAACCAAAAUCUUAAUGCUUCCAAAGAAAAAUCAACUCUUAAAUCUGCUAAAUAGGUUAAUGAUCGCCAUUCAAUAAUCAUAAAAGAUGAGGCGAAAUAGGUUAAUCAACAAAUUACUUAGUAAUUAUACGAUAUAAUACAGAAUAAAGAAUAUCUUAAAAGUAUAGUUUAAAAGGAGAAGAAGAAAAUUAGUAACAUUCAGAUGAAGGAUUAGAUAAUUUAUGAUAGUAAUUAGCACUAAUCAAAUUAGUUUGAGAGUAGCAAUUGUAUCUAAAGCAACAGUAGUAUCAAUCAAUUGUCUUAGAAUAAGAGAAGUUCUAUGCAAAUUAAUGGCAAUGAAUCAUCAAUGAGGGUAAGAGAAUUUUAAAAAGUCAUUAAAAAUGCAUAUUAAAACUAUUACAAGAAAGCUAAGGUUGAUAGUAGAGAGACUCCCUUUACUAAUGAAAGUUUGAGAAGAAAAUUAUCUUAAAAUAUGAGUGAUGCCAAAUUAAGCAAGAACCAAAUAAAUGAUUAAAACAAUAAGAAACACAAACACAAAAAUGAUCCUAAUUCAUACGGGGAGCUUUUUAUUGAAAGUUAAAGUUUCCAUGUUAAAAAAGAGAUGAGGAAUUCAAAGUAGUUAUAUAACUUAUCGUAGAGUAAAGAGACUUCCACAUCUAGUUUCAGGAAUUUCGAUAAUAUCUAUGACAUUUAGUAAUUAAACCAAGAUAGAUCCCAAAUUAUCAGCGGCUAGUAACAUAUAAGUAAGGGCAAAAAUGAAAGUGUACUAAAGUAUUUAAAAUUGCACUAGAUCGAGGACUAAACAUGA